CAUUAGAGAAAGCAAAGUAAAGCAAAUACAAAUAAUUGCACGAGGGAAAGCUUCGUUCUCUACACAACAUAAAUCUUUUCUGGUCUUGGCCAAAAAAUUAAAUAUAAAAAAAAAAAGAACAAAAAAAAAAAAAAAAAAAAACAGACUCGAAUUCUCCUUUUGAAAGCUUUCAACACUUUGAGCUCUCUUUCCAGAUGGCAGAAAUUAUCCUCUCUAGCAUUGCAGAAGGGAUUCUUGGGAUGUUGGGUUCUCUUGGGGCUGAAGAGAUCAGAUUACUAUGGGGUGUGAAUGAUGAGCUUGAACAACUUGAGGACACUCUUUCAACAAUCAAAGCUGUACUCCGCGAUGCCGAGAAGAAGCAGAGCCAUAGCCAUCAAGUCAAAGUUUGGCUUCAGAGGCUUCAAGAAGUUGUUCUUGACGCUGAUGACUUGGUGGAUGACUUAUCUUAUGAAGCUCUGCGAAAGAGUCUGAUGAGUGGACACAACAACAUGGUCAAGCAGGUAUGCACUUUCUUUUCCUCCUCCAACCAAAUUAUUUUCAGGCAUAAAAUGGGUCACAAAAUAAAGGAUGUGAGGAGCAAACUGACUGCAUUUGGAAAUGAGAAAAUUCAGCUGAAUUUGGAGGAGCGUCAAGGAGAGACUAAUGUUGCGACUAGACUGAGGGACCAUACUCACUCUUAUGUAUCUGAGAAAGAAGUGAUUGGUAGGGAUGAUGAUAAGAUUGCCAUCUUACAACUUCUUUUGGAUACCAAAAACAAGGAGAACGUAUCUAUCAUCCCCAUUGUUGGUAUUGGAGGUUCAGGAAAAACCACAUUUGCCCAACUUGUUUUCAACGAUGAACAAGUCCAAAAGCAUUUUGAUCUUAAAUUUUGGGUUUGCGUCUCUGAUAAUUUUGAUGUGAAAUCACUUGUUAAAAAGAUCAUUAAAUCUGCAAAUGUGGAACCUAAUACAGAGAAGGAGAUGGAACAAUUACAACAAAUUCUUCGUCAAAAAAUAAAUGGAAAGCGAUAUCUUCUUGUACUAGAUGAUGUUUGGAAUGAGAAUUAUAUUAAAUGGAACAGCUUAAAAAGUUCACUAUUAAAUGGUGGGGCAGGAAGUAAAGUAAUAGUAACCACACGGAGUAAAGUUGUUGCAAGGAUUACAGGCACAAUGCCAGCAUAUGACUUAAAAGCCAUGGAUAAAGAGAAAUCUUGGGCUCUAUUUAAGAAAAUAGCUUUGGAGCAAGGACGAGAGUCAAAUAUCAGUUCCAAUAUUUCAGAAAUUGGAAAGCGUAUUGUGGACAAGUGUGGUGGAAAUCCUCUUGCAAUCAAAACAAUAGCAGGCUUAUUGAGUUUAAAAAAUCCUGAGACAGAGUGGUCCUCAUUUAUGGAAAAAGAGUUUUCAAAGAUACUUCAAACAGAAGAUGAUAUUAUCUCAGAAGAUGAUAUUAUCCCAACGCUUAAAUUGAGUUAUGAUCAUCUUCCAUCAAGAUUGAAACAGUGUUUUGUAUAUUUUUCUUUAUUUCCUAAAGAUUAUGAAAUUGAUGUAGAAAUUCUAGUACAGCAUUGGAUGGCACAAGAUUUUAUUAAAAUAUCAAAUCCAACUGAUUGUUUGGAAGAGGUGGGUUAUGGGUAUUUUAAGGAAUUAAUUUGGAGAUCCUUUUUUGAAGAAGUUGAAACAGAUGAGAAAGGCAAUGUGACAAAAUGCAAAAUGCAUGAUUUAAUGCAUGACCUUGCAGAGUCAAUAACACCACCCAUGUUUUAUAUGCGAAAUGGAAAUACAGAACCUAUUAACAGUAAAACACGUCAUGUGUUGUUUUAUGAAUACGAUUUUUAUUUGGCACAAGAAAUUCUACCUUCAUUGAUUCAAGCUAAAAAGAUGAGGACGAUUCUUAGGCCUGAUGUGGAUACAUUGCGGCCGUGGUAUACAAUUAUUGGUGCUGCGUCAGCAUAUGAUGCAAUUGCUUUAAAUUUGAAGUUGUUACGCAUGUUGGAUUUGCAAUAUAGUGGUAUUGGAAAAGUGCCUAAAUCUAUUGGUAAGCUGAAGCAUUUGAGAUACCUUGAUCUUUCUUAUAAUGGUUUUAAGGUACUACCAGAUUGUAUCACCAGAUUGCAUAAUUUACAAACACUGAAGCUGAGUUGGUGUCAAUUUUCUUAAAGUAUUGCCCAAAGACAUCAAUAAACUAAUCAACCUCCGAAGUCUUGAGAUUGAUGGGUGUUACAGACUGAAAUACAUGCCACGUGGAAUAGGUGAAUUAAGUAGCCUUCGUAAAUUAUCAAAAUUUACAUUGAGUGAGGACAUGAGUUUUUCCUCUAAGCAUCAGGGUGGCGGUGGGCUUGAUGAAUUAAGGAGACUGAACAAUUUGAGAGGGAGGCUGGCAAUUGAAAACUUGAGAAUAGAUGCAAUCGUACAACCAAAGGGUGCAAAUAUGAAAGAGAAACAACAUCUUCAAUCCUUAGAGUUGAGAUGGAUUGAAGAUGUUAAAUUGGAAGAAAUAACAGAGGCAGUGGCAGAGGGAUAUGAAAUGCAACUGGAAGGCCUCCAACCGCAUCCAAAUCUCAAAGAUUUGGGUGUUUGGUAUUAUUAGGGUGUCAGGUUUCCAAGUUGGUUUGACUCGCUUACAAAUCUGGUAACAUUGGAUGUAUGGGAGUGUUACAAAUGCCAACAUCUACCACCACUGCAUCAACUUCCUUCUCUUAAGAAAUUGAGUCUAGAACACUUGCAUGCUCUUGAGUAUGUUUCAAAGGAUGACUUGUCGUCUUCAACUUUAAUAUUCUUUCCUUCCCUAGAAAGACUGGAGUUGAAUGACUUGCGUAAUUUAAAGGGAUGGUGGCGGAGGAGUGAUAGUUCAUCUGCCACAGCGAGUAGUAGUCAUGAUGAUCAUAUGCUGCCCAUAUUCCCCAAUUGUCUUUCUCAUUUAUUUAUCGUGGGUUGCCCAAGCUUGACAUGCAUGCCAGUUUUUCCAUGUGUAAGCGAACUUGUAAAGUUGAGAAAUACCAGUUGGAAACCAUUCCAACAGACAAUCCUCAGUGUCAGUGAUGGCGGUGCAAGACCCAUUAAUGUUCAACCAUCAUCAUCGUCAUCAACAUCCUCCUACUACCCUCCACUCUGCAAAUUGAUGUCUUUGGCUAUUCAUAGCAUUCAUGAUCUACAAUUUCUCCCAGAUGAGCUGAAAAGCCUCACUUCUCUCAAGGAUAUGGAAAUCGGGAACUGUCAAGAAUUGAAGUCUCUAUAUCCGGGUAUUCAGCAUCUCACCUUACUUCAGAAUUUAAGAAUUGUAAACUGCAAGAAGCUCGACAUGUCUGCUGACGAAGCCCAUGCAAUUACUAUGUGGCAGCAACCUCUCAAAAGGCUACAAACACUGUUUUUUGUUGGGCUUCCGCAACUAGUGGAUCUCCCAAGUGGCCUUCAACACCUUACCGGCCUGCAGACACUGAGAAUUGCUGCUUGUGAAAAUUUAGAAUCACUUCCACGGUGGAUUAAAAGCUUCACAUUUCUUCAACGUCUUGAUCUUGAAAAUUGCCCCAAAUUGGCAUCAUUGCCUGAAGAAAUAACAAGUCUCACCUCUUUACACACCUUGAUGAUUGGGGGUUGCGACACCUUAAAACCAAGAAGUGAAGGGGAAAAGGGCGAGGAUUGGCCUAAGAUUUUUAAUAUCCCAGACUUGCGGAUCUAUUGAUGAUAGAAUCACAGCCAAUAUUGGUCCUAAUUUAUCAUCUUCUUCUUUUUAAUUUACAAUUUUCUUAAGUUUUCUUGUUUUCUCAUUUGCAGGAUACUGCGGUCUGCGGAUCAAACUAAAUGGAUAGUUUUGGUUUAUGGCAAGCCCACAACCUGUAACCGCCACAAGGGAGAUGAUACAAAUCAAUCCUGUCUCAAGAAAGCCCCAUAUUCUUCUUGCUGCUGGUGGAACAAUUAUAGGAGAUAGAGUGCUUCACAUCGAGCUCUGACGAUGGGCUGAUAUCAUGGUUAGGACGCUGUUAUCAGCAAAUACGCUAGGCAAGUUUGUCUUAGACAGUUGGACACAUGGUGGAUAUGGAGAGCUAUAUAUACAAGUCAAGUCAUUGUGUAAAGCUCAUUUCAACCCCACACACUAGUAAACAUGUUUGUUUCCUGUGCAUGGUUAUUAGAUGAGUUAUGCAAGUUCAUAAGAAGGAUUUCUUGUAGCUGUCUUGGGCUUCUCUGCUUCCUUCACCGAGCUGUUCUCUUGAUUUUCUUAUUUGUGAUAGCUGGGGGACUUUGGUGACAAUUUAUUGACCUGCAUUGUCUGGGCAUGGAAUUACAGCAAGCCAUUCAUUGUUGCAUCCACAAGGUGGCUAAAAUGUUCAGCAAAUAGGAUCAUAAAGCUGUAUAAUUUUGCAGACUGAUUUCACAGUUUGACUUUGAAUUUGUAUUUUUUAACUUUCUAGAAUUGCUGUUGUGGCCCCUUUGACCUUUCUAAUCCAAUUAGCACUGCUGUAAGAGCUUUCUGAGAUUAAAUGUAACUUGGUUACUUGACCUACCAUUUGUCUGAUAGAUCAAUAAACAUAGUGUUGAAAUUGCAUA